UCCGUUUUCCAAGUAUCUUUUCUUUUUCAAAGGUGCCCAAACAAUACAGAACCCAAAAAUCUAACCGGUAUAUCAGAAUUCCACCUUAUGGAUCUCUCAGGGGAUCCGAACUUGCAGCCCGUCCUCUUUGGACUGUUUCUGUCUGUGUACCUGGUCACAGUGCUUGGGAACCUGCUCAUCAUUCUGAUCAUCAGCACUGACUCCCACCUCCACACACCCAUGUACUUUUUCCUCUCCAACCUAUCCUUCUCUGACAUCUGCUUCAUCUCCACCACAGUCCCAAAGAUGAUUGAGGACAUCUGGUCUCAGAGUACAGUCAUCUCCUAUGUGGGCUGCCUCAUGCAGAUGUCUCUGUUUCUCAUUUUCAUAUGUUUGGAUGACAUGAUUCUUACAGUGAUGGCCUAUGACAGGUUUUUAGCCAUCUGUCACCCACUGAGAUACCAUAGCAUCAUGAACCAUCAUCUCUGUGGAUUCUUCAUUGUUGUGUCUUUUUUGUUUAGCCUUUUGAUAUCCCAGCUGCACAAUUUGAUUGCCUUGCAUUUUACCUACUUUAAGGAUGCAGAAAUUGCUAAUUUCUUCUGUGACCCUUCUCAACUUCUCAAUCUUGUGUGUUCUGAUACCAUUACAAAAAAUGUAGUCAUGUAUUUUGUUGGUGCCAUCUCUGGUUUCCUUCCCCUCUCAGGGAUCUUCUAUUCUUACUAUAAAAUUGUUUCCUCUAUUCUGAGAAUCCCAUCAUCAGAGGGGAAAUAUAAAGCCUUCUCCACCUGUGGGUCUCACCUUUCAGUUGUUUGCUUAUUUUAUGGAACAGCCAUUGGAGUUUAUUUUGCAACUGCUGUAUCAAAUUCUUCCAGAAAUAGUGCAGUUGCCUCACUGAUGUACACAGUUUUCACUCCUAUGCUGAACCCUUUCAUUUACAGCCUAAGGAACAAAGACAUUAAAUGUGCCCUGAAAAGGCUCCAAAGCACAACAACAUAG